AUUUUUCUGUAAUCGUAAAAAUGAUCUCGAACCGUUAACCAUACCGUUCAUAACUUAUGUCAAAAAUGAGCGAAACGCCGGUCAGAGAUGCCAGACAGUUUUACAAAAAAUCAGUACGAACUUAUAAACAAAUCUCUUAUAUAAUUUUGAUAUUCUGAUACGACUCUGUAGCGUUUCAAAAACAAUAAUGGAACUUGAAGGUAUGCUCAUACAUCAUACUAAAAGAAGUUCAUUAUCGCUUUUCGCGAUGUUUUUAAUAACGUUCUAGUUGGAAAUAGAGCUUGGAGUACCGAUGGUGUUUGUGGUUUUCGUUGAUGAUUUUAUCAUCAGCAUUAGUUUUUUUUUUUUGAAAGAUUUUCAUAUUAACUAUGAUUGUCUACUAAUAAUACUAAUACUAAUGAAACUGAUGAAUACCUUGCUUGAUGAAUAAUUUGCUUUUACAUGGUGUAUGGCAAUCUCGAACAGAAACAUUGGUUUAAAUUAAACGGAAUUCCUCAUUUCAAUCAAUAAGUCAUUAAUAUCCUUCCCAUAAUCAUCCAGAUUAUCUAAAAUAUUUAACUAAAAAUAUCGCAUCUCAAUAUCUAUAAACAUAUUGAUAAAACAUUCAACCUGGCACCACUGACGCAAUCGUUUCAUUUUUGUUUUGAUGCGCCGGGAGAGUCAUUGUCGUUGCCUAAUCUAGUCACCUUCGCCGCAGACUGGUGGUCCUUUGGGGUUCUAAUGUUUGAGAUGCUGACGGGCAACCUUCCCUUCCACGGUAGCAAUCGUAACGAUACGAUGAACCAGAUCCUGAAAACCAAACUUGGGAUGCCAGAAAAUCUGAGCCCGGAGGCUCAGAGUUUGUUGCGGGCCCUGUUCAAACGCAAUCCCCAGAAACGGUUGGGAGUUGGCCCAAACGGUAUCGACGACAUCAAGCAGCACGAGUUCUUCUCCAACGUCGAUUGGGACGCGUUCGAGCGAAAGGAGGUGCGACCCCCUUUCAUUCCGGCCGUUUCCCGCGACGAUGCGUUUUACUUUGACACGGAGUACACCAACAAAUCGGCCAAAGAUUCCCCCGGUGGUCCGGUUAGUGCGAGUGCCCAUGAGAUCUUCCGCGGAUUCAGUUUUAUAGCGCCCUGUUUGCUGGACGACAUUCAGAAUCAGAUAGGUCCCAGCGCACCGUUUACGAACGAAAUUCCUGGCGUCAAACCGGUCGCCUUUGCCGAUGAGUACGCAAUGAUGCAGGAGCUGGGGCGGGGAACCUUCUCCGUUUGUCGGUUGUGUGAGAAUCGUGCCACCAAGAAGCAUUACGCCGUUAAGAUAAUCGACAAAUACGGUCACGAUUGUCGAGAGGAAGUGGAAAUUCUACUGAGAUACGGAAAUCAUCCGAACAUCGUGGACCCCACUUAUGUGUACCUGGAAUUCAAUAAAAUGAUAAAAUCAGAAAAGAUCCGCCAUUCUUAUCCGAAAAUCUCCCAUAAACAUUUAAAAAAUUACGUCUGUGUUUGUGCUCUUUUGACGAACGAUCCCUUAAACGGUUUGAAUAACGUUGGAAUAAAGUAA